AUUUAUCUUUAUUUUCACGUCUAGCUCAACGCAUAUCUGUUGCCAAAUGUGAUAUUUUUGUUUCCAAGUAGCGGCGGUCUUAUGGUUUGUCGUCUCAGUUCUCACUAGUCUGGCUCUGGACUGGACUGGAGUGACCGCGCAAAUUUAAAAAUCCCGAUUUCAUACAAAAUGGCGCCCAACAUGAAUAUCCGACCAUGGAUUUUUUCGAAAGAAGCCCAAGAGUGACUGACCAUCAGCAACGAACUCCCAGAGUGACAUCAUAAAAAAAGUUUUCUUGAUAGUGAGGGACUCUCAAAAAUAAACUUUGGACUAUUUUCUUGUGGAUGAUGGUGUUGAAACUUGUGAAUUUAUAUUUGUUACUUCGAUUUUUUUCAAGUGGAGAGCAAUUCGGUGAUAUUAUAAAAUCGUGAUGUGAACACCAAGAAGAUUGAGCAACUAAGAUUUUUGAAAACCUACGCUACAAAGUAGUGCCAACUAUUUUCAAUUUUAGAUCAUUCCAUGCACUGAAGCGGUAUAAAAUAAUUGAAGAAUAAUAAUAUUCAAACUCAACGCCCGUUAUUCAAGUGAUGAGAGUUCGUUUCCAUAAACAAUACUUCAAAUGAUCUUUGAAUUUCCUCAGCUUAUAGUGAAAAAUGGCUGACAAAAGUGUGAGGCGUAAACUCCAAGAUAGAAGUGCAAGCACAGAAUCCACAGAGUAUUCGAUCACGAUGGGCAAAUCGCUGAGAAGAAAAAGCAAAAAAGCGAAACCCAAAGAGAGAUGGUUGCUAACCAGGAAAACAUGGAGGUAUAUGACCGAUGCCGGAAAAAAGCUUAUACCAGAUGGUGCCCAAAACCGACCAGAAGACAUCCCCAAAAUAGAAGCCUACUUCCAAGAAGUAUGCAAAAAAGAACCGCGGUUCCUUUUGUGGCGGAAAAACUCCUACCCAGGAGCCAUCGGCUUCAGAAAAAAAAGGAAGAACUCUAGGAUAGGAGGCAGUUGCAGAAAAACCAGCUCAGCAGACGAAGCUAGCAUAGGCAACCCAACUAAGCCUCAAAGACCCACCCAUCUAGCUAUAGAACCAACCACCAUGGGCAAAUUUGACCUCAAACGUAUGAAAGAGGAAUUUUUCAACGAGAAAAGCACCCCUGAAGGGUUUUCCAGCUACGACCUUAAAGCUUCACACCCAGACCAAGAGGAAACAGAGGAAAAACAACUCGUCAGCAUGCUAGAAAAAUACUUGACAUUAGGCAAGUCCGACCCGAAAGUAGUUAAUUCCACUGCAGACUUCAACUACCAGGAUCUAGUGGACAAACUUCAAAGGCACCUGCACGUCUGCGGCAAAAACUACACUCCAGACUACACUGGCUACACCCCGUCCCAACACGUACACUUCGAAGGAGACCAUGUGCAAAAAUCCCUACUGGAGACCAUGAGCAGGUACUAUGGUCAAUCCAGCAAUCGCGACAAAAUCGUCUCCGACCUUCUAACAGACAGAAAAGCCUUGGAAAAGCUGUAUUUUGAGCUGCGUAAAACCAAGGGCUUCAGAGGCAGUCGAGGAGGUACGGGCUACACGACCUCCUACGCUUACGGCCCUCAGAGGAGCAACUACGAGCACGUGAGACACCCGAAGGGUAGUCCAAGUGCUACUUAUCCACCUCCACUUAUCGAAGUGCAGGGAGAAACCACAGUCGAGGUAUCGCACCACAACUGGGCAACUCAGACUCUGCCGAUACCAGAAUCGGUCCUGCAGAAAGCUGAAGAGGAGUACAAGAAGGUCCUGGAAGAGAGGAACGGCGAGGAGGGUAUAGCGAAAGAAGGAAAGUCAGUGAGGAGGAGAAGCAGCGUUGACCACGACGACGUAUCGCAAUCGGUUAGCGACACGAUCAAGAGGUACUUGAGGAUGGCUCGCAAGAAGAGUGUGGAUGUAGAGAAAACUGACAGGUUCAAGCUAGGCUUCAAGAGCGUCAACUACGACAGAAACUUGCGCAACAUCAAACCCAAGGGAGAAAUAACGAAACCGGGAGACGACGACGGUUUGAACAAGGGCUGUCAGACUAAUGAGAACUGGAUAGUGACAUACCGCGACUUGAAAUUUGCCGAUAUGUACGACGUUUCGGACGUUGAGAGCAGGUUCUCCAGCUCGAGGAGUAGCAUUGACGUGGGGGUGGCUGACGCAUCGUCGCCACCUUCUGUCAAGGGUGGCCAUUCGUUUUUGAGUCACCUGUUGCACGGCAAACAGGACAAAAAGUCUAGUUCUUCUUCUUCUGCUUCAGCGGUGACCGGCAGCGGGACGAUGCAGAAGAGCAAGUCUUCUUCUAGCGUCAUGCACCACGGCAGCAGGCUGAUGGCGAAGAAGAUCUUCAGAUCGAGGUCGAAGAGUCAGACUAGGCCUGCGCAAGCGCCUUGCAAUUGGACACCUCAGGGUAACUGCAUCUGGAAUAACAUCACUGGAAGACAAGUGAUACUGGGUGAUACGUCUAUACUACAUUUGAGCGAAAUAGAAAGGAAAGUUUUGCAGAAAGUGGCCAUUGCUAAACUUCAAGCUCUCAACCUUGGAGUUAACGUCAAAGUUCCUAGUGAAAACGCGGGAUGUGGUGUCACAAAACCGAAAAGAAGGCCGUAUCUGCUCAAGAGAAAAGCCCUUACCACCGGGAUUUUUGAUGCGAGCAGAAAAGAUGCUGCUGAAAAAGAUAAAGACGGCAAUUCUCCCUCAUCAGGCCUGGUCUUCGGCAUACCGUUGACGCAGUGCAUCGAGAACGACAGACUGAGCAGGGCGGCCGCAGGGUCCAGCCCUUUCCGGAGCAGGGCCGACCUUCCGGGGUGUGAGGAGGAGGCCCAGAUAGGCAGGCACGGCUCCAGGUCGAGUUUCAGUUCUCUGAUCGAUUCGCCGAGAAACGAGGAGAAAGGUUCCAGUGACAAUCUCCUCCUGCUGAACAGGAUGGUGGGUAGUGUACCAGGACUCUUGGACACGAUAUCCUGCGGAUCCAAAGCAGAUAUUCCUGCAAGCGUUCUGGAGGACGAAUCCGCUGUUCCAAAUAUUCUAACAGAAUGUUUCAGACAUUUGGAGCAACAUGGACUACAUACCCUAGGUAUCUUCAGGGUCAGUACUUCGAAAAAAAGAAUUCGGCAGUUACGAGAGGACUUCGACUGUGGUAAAGAAACCACCUUAGAGGAAGACCAAAGCCCGCACGAUGUAGCUACUUUACUGAAAGAGUACCUCAGGGAUCUUCCCGACCCCCUUCUUUGCAGAGACCUCUACCAAGCGUUCGUCCAAACACAAAGGAUACGCAAUAGACGAUUGCAAUUUGAGGCUCUUCAACAUCUUGUACAACUACUUCCUCCUGUGAACAGAGACACCCUCCACGCAUUGAUGAGUUUUUUAUCUCUGGUUGCUAGAAAUGCCAAUGACGUCAAGGAUGAAGCAGGUGAGGACAUUUUGGGCAACAAAAUGGAUUCCACCAACCUAGCAACAGUCUUUGCUCCAAACAUUUUGCACUGCAUAAAGCCAGGAGCGAAAGAUGGCGCUGACAGACCAGAAGAUAGAUUAGAUGUGAUCAACGUGGUGAGAUCGCUGAUCGAUCACUACAAAACAAUCUACACCAUAUCUGCUGAACUACUAGAUGAGGUCUAUCUGCACAUGAUGGACUCUCAUCCGGAAGCUCUGGACCAAAUACUCAACAAGAGGGACGGUACAUUGGCAGCAGACGAAUCUGUUGAUGAACUGGACAGCGAAAGCAGUUCAGCUCCUUGGACUCCGACUGCUCCUCCAACUGAUCCACCACUAGAUAGCAUUUUCGAUGUAAGACCAUCUCCGUCCACAGAACAGAGGAAAACCUAUUCCAGGGAAGAAUUCCUUCAUGAAGCAGCUGCGACCGGUGGUCCAAACAUGGGAAUGAGAAUAAGGCAUAAGGACAGGAUACGUGAAAGAAGCACAAGACGUCGCCGAGAGCGAGAAAAAGAAGAUGGCGGCCUAGCCUCAGCCUUGACCAUCAUCUCCCGCCUCAAAGGACAAAAGGACGAGGAUUACAACUACGCCAAGAACAGAUCUUCUUCCCUGGAAAGCACCAGCUCCACCCACACAGACUCAGACCUCACGCGAGUCAUCAGAACCUCCGAUGACGUUUACGAGAGGCGGAAAUCCUCUCCCUACGUCCUAGACAACAGCGGGGUGAUAACAGCCAGCCUCACCAUCCCCAUGCCUCAGAACCAAGCGCUCUCCUACAAUAUCGACGAAGACAUUCCUUACAUUGAGGAGGGAGAGAACUGCAGGCAGCAGCUUACGGUAGGGCUGGUCAGAACCCCUACAGCCCCUCCUCGAAGAAGGAACCACUCUAUUGGCAGUGAUUCAUCGGCCACUUCCACUGCUCAAGCGGUCACAGGCUCCAUCUACGUCAUCCCAGGAUACGAUUCGGCUGUGGGAUCGUCUGCUACUUACUCCAGCCCUAUCCAGAACACCCCAACCUCACUUUCUGGCAGUAUAGCUGAUGCUGGGGUCUACAGCUCACCACCCUCGUGGACUUCUAGUCCUCCUACGUCUCCCGAUAGCACCAAAACCUCGGUGAACUACAUCCCAGAAGAUAAUCACGUGUUGAAGGCGACUAGAAUCACCAAGGAAUCUGUGCCUAGUGUGCAGAAAGUAUCAUUUUCUUCCACGCAGGAGCCACAGCAGAUCAAGGAAUCGAAAGACCAGUCAGCAAGCUACCAGAGGCAGGUUUCUCUCACCAAGCAAAAAGUUGCUGAGCCUAAGGCCGUUCCAGAGGUGGCUAGGCAGGUGGAAAGAGAGCCUAGGUAUACGCCUAGCAUUACUAGUAUAGGAAAUGCUGUUCUGAGGUCGAGAACUGCCGAUUUCGAGAGGAUAAUCAAGGUGGACUCGGGAAAAACGAAAUCUUCGGGGACGAGUUCUGUUGUGGAAAGAGAGAAGAAGAAAUAUACGAAGAGGAGGUACACUGAUUCCAGGCAUCAGACUAGGCAUAUUCCUGAUGCUGAAACUAUAGAGUCGGCUUCUUCUCAAGCUAAACGUGAAGAAAAAGCCAACUCUUCUCAGAGCGGCCCUGUGUACAAAAGAAGAGAACUGAUUUCGAGUGUGCCUUCAAAGUGAAUGAAUUUUUCGAAAAUUGAUUCAUGUGUUCAAAUACUGUUGUAUAUAAUUCAAGUGAUAAAUCUAGUCUAGUCUUAUAGUGUUUAUUGUCUUCAAGAAUCUGUUAUUUAUUUUUUAAGAAUUUAUGUCGAAUUUGUGUUGAUAUAGAUGAAUUAAAUCAUCCACCAACUGAUGA